AUGCCUGCGGACACCCCGGGGAAGCCGAGGGCCUCGCCGCGGACGGGAGCGUCGGCUGGCGCCAGCCGGACCCCAGACCAACCCCGGAGCGUGGCCGAGCACCGGAAGUCCUCCAAGCCCGUCAUGGAGAAGCGGCGCCGAGCGCGCAUCAACGAGAGUCUGGCUCAGCUGCAGAGCCUCCUCCUGGACGCCCUCAGGAAAGAGAGCUCCCGCCGCUCGAAGCUGGAGAAGGCGGACAUCCUGGAGCUGACCGUGAGGCACCUGCAGAGCCUGAGGCGCGUGCAGGUGACAGCCGCCCUCCACUCGGACCCCGCCAUCCUGGGCAAGUAUCGCGCCGGCUUCCAUGAGUGUCUGGCCGAAGUGAAUCGCUUCCUGGCUGGCUGCGAGGGCGUCCCUGCGGACGUGCGGUCUCGUCUGCUCGGCCAUCUGGCGGCCUGCCUGGCCCGGCUGGGGCCUGCGCGCCGCCCGCUUCCACUGGCUCCAGCCACCGAAGCCCUGGAGCCGGAGAUCUACGCGGGCCGCCCGCCGCCGCCAGCCUUUGACGGCCUUUGCCCCUUGCCGCGCCCCGGGGCGGCCUUGGCACCCAUCUUCCUGCCGGGGUUGGCCCUCGCCGCCCCCAGGGCCGGGGCUCAGGGCCAGGGUGCGCCCUGGAGGCCGUGGCUGCGGUGA